GAUAUUAUUGUAUGUAGAACUAUGAUCUUUGAUAUAGCUGGUGACGGGUCAAGUUGAGUAUCGGGGAUAAACAAAGCUUUUGAAUAUAUAAUAAUAGCUGUGGAAUUUUACAUUAUCAUUUGUUAUUCCGCAAGCCGCUGUUACAGUUUAGUGAUUUUACACAGUUAAAAAAAAAUGGCAGCAUCUAUUCGAGCGACUAAGACAACAUUUAUUCAGUUGAGGAAUUACAGUUGUAACGUGAAGUUGAACGAUGUCGUUAUUGUUAGUGCUGCCAGAACACCCAUGGGAUCAUUCCUUGGUUCAUUGUCAUCGAUGUCAGCUACAAAACUUGGUGCUGUUGCUAUACAGGCAGCAAUAGAGCGAGCAGGAGUUACCAAGGAACAGGUGAAAGAGGUGUACAUGGGCAAUGUGUGUCAAGCUUUUCUUGGUCAAGCACCCGCAAGACAAGCCACACUCUUUGCAGGCUUACCAAAGUCCACAAUCUGUACCACAGUAAACAAAGUUUGUGCUAGUGGUACAAAAAGCAUUAUGCUUGCGUCACAAGCUUUACAAUGCGGUCAUCAAGAGAUUGUAGUUGCUGGUGGAAUGGAAUCCAUGUCCAAUGUACCCUUUUAUUUAAAGCGAGGUGAAACAACAUAUGGUGGAGUAAAACUAGAGGAUGGCAUUGUUUUCGACGGACUAACCGAUGUAUAUAAUAAAUGUCAUAUGGGCAAUUGUGCAGAAAACACUGCAAAGAAGUUAGGAAUUUCACGUGAACAGCAAGACGAGUUUGCUAUCAAUAGUUACAAACGCAGUGCGGCUGCUUAUGAAAAUCAAGUAUUUAAAGAUGAACUUGUCCCAGUUAACGUACCACAGAAGAAAGGUAAGCCAGAUGUGGUGUUCACAGAGGACGAAGAAUAUAAAAGAGUAAACUUUGAAAAAUUCAAUAAACUGAAUACUGUAUUCCAGAAAGAAAAUGGAACAGUAACUGCUGGAAAUGCUUCUACAUUGAAUGAUGGUGCCGCUGCUCUAGUUUUGACUACGACUGAUAUUGCACAGAAGUUAAACCUUAAACCAUUGGCAAGAGUCGUUGACUUCCAAGAUGCUGCUACAGAGCCAAUCGAUUUUCCUAUUGCACCAGCCCUUGCUAUACCUACCUUGUUACAACGUUCUGGUGUGAAAAAAGACGACAUUGCAUUGUGGGAAAUAAAUGAAGCGUUCAGUGUGGUUGUCGUUGCAAAUCAAAAGUUACUGGACCUUGACCCAACGAAAGUAAAUAUUCAUGGUGGAGCCGUUUCCUUGGGACAUCCUAUUGGUAUGUCCGGUGCUCGAAUCGUUGUGCAUUUAGUACAUGCCUUAAAGCCUGGCCAGAAAGGUAUUGCGUCAAUUUGCAAUGGAGGUGGAGGUGCAUCAUCAAUCCUGAUUGAAAAGCUGUCGCAUCCGGUAUCGUGUCCUCCAAAAUUAACGCUAUAUACGAAGGAUCCAUGUUCAUUAUGCGAUAUUUUAAAAGAUGAAUUAAAAGAGAAAUUUUCCGGACGUUACCAAUUAGAGCAGGUUGACAUUACGAAACCGGGAAAUGAAGGAUUUCGAAAAUUGUAUCGAUAUGACAUACCAGUUUUGUUUCUGGAAGGACAUUACCUUUGCAAGCACCGUUUGGAUGCUGAUUUAUUGGAGAAGAGAUUAUCAGAUCUAUCAGUUAAUUAGAUAAUCAUUUUUUAAUUGUAUAUACUUGAAAUUGUAUUUAUCUCCUAUAAUUUAUUAUACGCAAUAAAUUCUAACAAUCAUACAAAUCAAUUA